CCCGGUUAACCAUCCACAGCCAUGUCCGACGAAGAGGAAUACUCUGAGGAGGAGGAAGAGACUCAAGUUGAUACGAAGCCCAGGCAUUCUGUUGUUGUGGUGGAGGAGAAAGGAGAUCCAGAAUUUGUUAAGCGUCAAGAACAAAAGUCAUCUGCUCUAGAUGAACAGCUUAAAGAAUACAUUGCAGAAUGGCGCAAACAACGCGCAAAGGAGGAAGAGGACCUCAAACGGCUCAAGGAGAAACAAUCCAAACGCAAGGUGAUGCGAGCUGAUGAGGAGAAGCGCAUGGCCGAGCGUAAGAAACAAGAAGAGGAAAGGAGAGUCAGAGAGAUUGAGGAGAAGAAACAGAGAGAUAUUGAAGAGAAGAGACGACGUCUAGAGGAGGCUGAGAAGAAGCGCCAGGCCAUGAUGCAAGCCCUGAAGGAACAGAAACAACAGAAGGGGCCCAACUUCACCAUCCAGAAGAAGGAUCCAUCAUUCAAUUUGUCAUCUGCCCAAAUUGAAAGAAACAAGACCAAGGAGCAGCUUGAGGAAGAAAAGAAGAUCUCGCUCAGUUUCCGCAUUAAGCCUCUGGAUAUCGAGAACUUAGGCGUGGACAAACUGAAAACCAAGGCAACUGAACUCUGGGAUGCAAUCAUCAAGCUGGAAACAGAGAAGUACGACUUGGAAGAAAGGCAGAAGAGACAGGAUUAUGAUCUGAAAGAGCUGAAGGAGAGGCAGAAGCAACAGCUUCGCCACAAAGCCCAGAAGAGGGGCCUGGACCCAGAAGCUCUAACGGGCAAAUACCCCGCUUCAAGAUCUUAUGAUGACAAAAAGAAGCUCUUUGAAGGGGGAUGGGUGACAUUAAGUUCAGAGAGUAGUGAGAAAGUUUGGAAAUCCAAGUAUGACAUGUUUACCAAGAGAAGCAAGUCCAAGUUGCCCAAGUGGUUUGGUGAGCGGCCUGGCAAGAAGAGGGGUGACCCUGAGAGUCCAGAGGAAGAGGAGGUGAAGGCCGGUGUGGGCGUAGAUGAAGACCUGGAGGAACCGACUUUUGAACCUGAACCGGAGCCAGAGGAGGAAGCUGCUGAAGAGGAGGUUGAGGAAGAGGAGGAAGAAGAAGAAGAAGAAGAGGAGGAGGAAGAAGAAGAAGAAGAAGAGGAGGAGGAAUAAAAAACAGAUGCCAAGUUACAGGACAAGAAAUAUUAGUCCAACAUCACAAGUAAUGUGCCUGAGAACAGGAACACUGGGGCCUUAUAUUCUCAUCUUUCAAGUUGACGUCAAUCUGUGAUGAAGACACGCAAGUAACAGCAAUCAGGAAAAAACUUCACUGGAUUAAAAUCAUUUUAAUAUAUGUAUCAAAUCAAAUGUUAUUUCUCCAAUAAUUUUUUUUUUUGAAAUAAACUGAUGCAUAACACAUAUAGUUUAUCUAAAAUGAAAGUUUAAUUGUUCUGAAUGGCCCUUAUGUAUCAGUGGUUUCUGAUUAAAUGUCUAACUGAAGCCAGAUAU